AACUUGGUAAAGGUUCUUUCAAAUAUGCUUGGGUGUUGGACAAGCUAAAAGCUGAACGUGAACGUGGUAUUACAAUCGAUAUCGCCCUUUGGAAGUUUGAAACUCCAAAAUACUAUGUCACUGUCAUUGAUGCUCCAGGGCAUCGUGACUUUAUCAAGAACAUGAUUACUGGUACUUCUCAGGGAUGGACAAAAGAUAUCAAAGGUGGUUCCACCAAGGGCAAGACACUUUUGGAAGCUAUUGAUUCAAUUGAACCUCCAACUAGACCAACCGAUAAACCUCUUCGUCUCCCCCUUCAAGAUGUUUACAAGAUUGGUGGUAUUGGUACUGUCCCUGUAGGUCGUGUUGAAACCGGUAUUAUCAAGGCCGGUAUGGUUGUAACAUUCGCCCCAGUUGGUCUUACCACUGAAGUCAAGUCAGUUGAAAUGCAUCACGAACAACUAGAACAAGGUGUCCCCGGUGAUAAUGUCGGUUUUAAUGUUAAAAACGUAUCAGUUAAAGAAAUUCGUCGAGGUUUUGUUUGCUCUGAUUCCAAAAAUGAUCCUGCCAAAGAAUCCGCCUCAUUCAAUGCUCAAGUCAUCGUUCUUAAUCACCCUGGUCAAAUCGGUGCUGGUUAUGCUCCAGUGUUGGAUUGUCACACCGCUCAUAUUGCCUGCAAAUUUUCUGAAUUGCAAGAGAAGAUUGAUCGUCGUUCUGGCAAAAAACUUGAAGAUAACCCUAAAUUUGUUAAAUCCGGCGAUGCAGCUAUUGUUAAAAUGAUUCCUUCCAAACCCAUGUGUGUUGAGGCUUUCUCCGAAUAUCCUCCCCUAGGUCGUUUUGCUGUGAGAGAUAUGCGUCAAACUGUUGCUGUUGGUGUUAUUAAGGUUUGUAUACUACUUUAG